AUUUCUCGACAAAGUUGAAGCUUUGAUCAAAUAUUUCCAAAUUAGGGCUGAAAAUCGGAAGUCUAAAAUGCAAUGUGACGCAUUGCCUUGGGCAUCUAAAAUUUCUGUCGACAAGAGAGUUAGUCCGAUAUCUGUUAAAUGGUCUAGUAAACACAAAUUUAUCAGAAGUCUCUUGAAAAAGGACUUAAUGAAUGGCCUGAAGGUUUCUUUUGAUAACCAAACGUACUUACAGCAACUAGGGCGAUCAUUGUACCUAAAAGCAAGAAUGUCUCUCGGAAUUGGCUUACAUGAGUUCAAAUACAAGCUCGUUCCUUAUGUGCUUCAAUCGUCGUGUCUUGGCAAUAGUAUUGCUUCAUAUAUGGCUUCCGUUAUGUACUAUUCGGGCUUUGGCGUUCCUUUAGACGACGAAAAGGGCUCGUCGUACUUGCUUCGAAGUGCUCUGCUAGACGAUCGUCUCGGCUUAUUGUCACUGGGGUUCAAGUACUACUAUGGACUGAAUGGGUUCCCCGUGGACUAUAGUAUAUCGUGGCGAUAUUACAUGGAUGCCGCUUGGAUGUUCCGAGACGACCGUGAACAGCACAAGGAGAAUGACGUCAUGACUGAAGUUGUCCGGUUGACUGACAAGAAGGCCCUGGAAAUGUACUUGGGAAAAGAGAGUGACUACUUCCAGUGGCUGAAGAUGCAAGCUGGCCAGGGCAUAGAGAGUGCCAGGCAGGAGAUGGGUCGGAUGUUGUUCUGGGGGUCCAAGGGGGUGGACAGGGACACUGGGGCAGCUGUGAACUACUACAGACAACUAGCAGACACGGGCGACACCACCGGACAAUUCGAUCUAGGAAUAGUGUUGUUGCGCGGACAGGGUGGGGUGGAUAAAGAUGAGCAGAAAGGGCUGUCCUAUCUGAAGAGGGCGGCCGACCAGGGUCACCAGGGAGCAGUGUCUGCACUUGGGUGGCACUACCUCCUCAAAAGAGAGUACGACUUCGCUUUCAAGUACUUGGACAUGGCUGCCAGGCAAGGCAAUCGGGAUGCUAUGCAUAAUUUAGGCUACAUGUACGAAAAUGGACUUGUGAAAGGUGUUCCACGGAACAACUCCGCCUCUUAUCUCUACUUCAUUGAUGCCGCCAACCGAGGUCAACCUGACUCCGCUCUCUCCGUCUCAGUGGGUCAAAUUUACGGGGAUGGAAUCAUGAUUCAGAACCCCGUAUCGGCUGCGGGGUGGGCCCGAAACCAGGCAGAGAAAUCGUCGGCUGUCGGCAGGCUGCUGCAACAGGGGUUGAAGGCGUACCUUAAGGACCACUAUUCGGAAGCACUCAUGUUCUAUAUGAUGGCAGCAGAAACAGGGGUGGAGGUGGCUUCUUUCAACAUGGCCCACCUGUGUGAGAACGAAGAGGACGCCUCCGAAAUAGCCAACAGGCAUCUGACCCAUUAAACUUUAAG